GGUGCCAGCGGAGGCCAGAAGAGGGCUUCGGAACCCCUGACACUGGAGUCCUACACCAGAGCAGCCAGCGAUCCUUACAACCGAGCGACCUCUCUAGCCCCGCAAAUUCCUUUCCAACAGUUCCGGGGAGCAGGGAACCGAUCAGAACAUCUUGGGGACAACGCUCCUGUGAGAUACACCUGCACUCGCACUUGGUCGGUCCAAACAGUCUUUGUUACUCUCAAGCUAGGACUUGCUGCACCGGAGCCCCGCCUCGCGCAGGGGGCAGCGGGGAGGGGCCGGGGCGGUUGGCGGGGUGGCAGCCCGACCCGCUCCACCUUUCCCUCUCUGCAGCCGCGCAGGCCCCGCCCCCGGAGCGCCCACCUCGGGAACGCCGCGUGUUGGCCCGCGCGCCCCGUCGCGGCUCUAGUUCCGGGGCAUGCGCGCUGCGGCGCCCGCGCCCCCCUCUACCGACCCGCCGCUGCCGAGUUAUGCCAAGUAUGUGAGGAGCUGGCGAGGACCGGCCGUGGUCAUGGAGAGCCGCCGCCUCCGCCCGCGCGGGACUCGGAGCCCGCCCCGCGCCCCGGGCGAGCCGGGCUGCUGAGGGCGGCGCUCAUGGCGGAGCCCCUGCGGAGGACGCUCGGCCGGCUCCGAGAGCGGCACGCUCCCGGCGCGCUCGGGCUGCACGCGGACUCCGUGGCGGCCUCGCUCUCCGAGGGACGCUCGCCGCCCCACGAGCUCGCGGGCCCCGGUAUGGAGCGGCCCGCAUGGGGGACCGAGCAGCCGGGCGCGCGGGUGCCAUGGUCUCGCGGGGCGCAGGAGGCCGCCGCUCUGGGCCGCGCGCUUGCUCGCGCCUCCCCAGGCGCCUGGGGCAGCGGCGACGACGACGGGGAGGACGAGGGCGCCGACUACUACGAGAACCUGCCGGCGGGCUGCGCGCCCGAGGGGGCGGAGGCGCUGCGGGCCUCGCCUUCCCGAGCGCCGGGCUCCUCCCCGGGGAUGGAGGGCGGCCGCCUGGAGACGGGCAGGCUGCAGACCCAGUUGCGAGAGGCCUAUUAUCUGCUGAUCCAGGCCAUGCACGACCUACCCCCUGACUCGGGCACGCGGCGGGGCGGACCCGCGGGAGCCCGGGCUCAGGGCCAGCAGCCGCCUCUCCCCCGCGGCGCAGCCGUGCGCCCAGCCUGCAGCCUCCGAGGCGGCGACCGCCCUCCGCAGCAGGUGUCCCCGCCCCGGUCGCCUCCGACGGAGUCGAGAGAGGGACGGCCUCCCAGUCCUCGGAUACAACUGUCCAGUUGCAGAAGUCUCGAGAGCCUCCGCGUGAGCCGGCGGCCGCCUCUGCUCCAGCGGUGGGCGAGCGACAGCUGCAUCAGGUGCGGUGCGCACCGGGACAGGGACGAGCCCCAGCCACGUGGAGGUGGGAUGGACGGCUGGAGCCCGGGCAGCCACAGGGCUGCUACGUCCGCCGCUCUCCUGCCUCCCAUCUGCCAUGACCCCAGCGGGUCCUCGGGACGACCCUUUAAGGAUCCUGUGGGGACCUCUGUGAUAUCCAGCAGCCAAGAGGACCAUCCGGAGGAUCUUCCCCUCAAGCCACCUGCGGUGACUGUCAAGAAACUGCAGAAGUGGAUGUACAAAGGACGUCUGCUGUCCCUGGGGAUGAAGGGUCGCGAUCGCGGGACAGCACCCAAAGUUCCCGGAGCGCAGACAACCUCUCCAAAUUUGGGCAGUUGGAAAGUGCAUGAAAACCACGUCCUCUCGGUGACAACGGACCAAAGAAUCACACUGACAGCAGACUUAUUUGAGAAUGUCUAUGGCUCUCCACUGAAGAAACGAGAACCUGAAGAUGUAAGGGGUCCCGCCGAGCUUAGAGGUCACCAGCCCCUUAACAACAUCACAGUUUCAAAGAAGCGCAAUUGGCUGUAUCAGAGCACCCUGAGGUCUCAGAGUCUGGACGAGAGCAAGCGAAGCCAGGACAGACGCUAUUUCUCCCUCUCUCCUGUGUCUCCACCCAAGCAUUGGGUAUCCCACAGGCCGCACUGCACACAUGCGGUGUGUAAUGCUGCCAGGGCUACGUUGUCCAGAAACGGCUCUUCAGCCUUUAGCGAGGACAAUGAUGCGGACGAUGAAGGAGAAAUAUGGUACAAUCCCAUCCCUGAGGAUGACAGCUUGGGCAUAGCACACGUCUUGAGUCUUGAGGAGGCAAACACCGCCGCCCUGAAGCUUCCUGUGAGCAUGUUGUCUGCCAGAGAUCUGAUGAAGGCGGAGCCUCCUAGUGAAGACAGAGGGGACGUGCAGACCUCACAGUCAAAUGGAAUUAAUUCUGCAGAUUCCAUGCAUUCUACAGAAAUUAUGCAGCACUGCAAACAAAGGUUAGGGCACAGGACACAAGAAAGCCCGACGGCAGAGGAUAGCCCUGUGUUGAAAUCUGCUUCUACAGGUCCCGGGAUCAUAGUCUCUACAAAUAGGACUGAACUGAGAGCGAUGGAGCCGUCUUCUCCAAGCCCCAGUCCUGGGAAGAAAGGCAGUUCCAUUACUUGGUCUUUACCAGAUAAAAUAAAGUCUCCACGCACUGUGAGGAAACUUUCUAUGAAAAUGAAAAGGUUGCCAGAAUUCAGCCGAAAGCUGGGGGCCAGGGGAGCUUUGCACUAUGUGAAUAAUCCGGAUAGCACCCCUCCUUUGUCUAAAUGGAACUGUCGAGAAAUUCCUCAGGGUGUCACUCUGACUUCCGGGAACACCACCAGGAACGUGAUAAGCCGGUACCAUCUUGAUACCACCGUAUCCUCUCGGCACAGCUACCGGAAGAAACCCCUUGGGAGCUCGAAGUAUUCCUGCAAGGGUGGGUACCUCAGCGACGGAGACUCACCCGAACUGAGAACUAGAUCUAGCAAGCAUGGAUCGGAGCACAAACUUGGGAAAGGGAGAGAAACUGUCCCAAGCAGUUGUAGCAAAAAUGAACUAGACAUCGGUGCCUUCAGACAUUACAGCUUUGCGGAUCAACCCAAAUGCUCGCAGUACAUAUCCGGCCUCAUGAGCGUACACUUCUAUGGAGCUGAGGGUUUAAAACCGCCCCGGAUAGAUUCGAAAGAUGUGUUUUGUGCCAUUCAGGUAGACUCAGUGAACAAAGCCAGAACGGCCCUGCUCACCUGUCGGACGACCUUCUUAGACAUGGACCACACGUUCAACAUAGAGAUUGAAAAUGCGCAGCAUCUGAAGCUGGUGGUGUUCAGCUGGGAGCCCACGCCGAGGAGGAACCGCGUGUGCUGUCAUGGCACAGUCGUCCUGCCCGCUUUAUUCAGAGUUACAAAAACGCAUCAGCUGGCUGUCAAGCUGGAGCCCAGAGGCCUUAUUUACGUCAAGGUGACCCUGAUGGAACAGUGGGAGAAUUCUCUGCACGGCCUGGAUAAGAACCGCGAAGCGGUGAUGUUCGGAGUCGACAUUCAAAAAGUUGUAGAGAAAGAAAACGUAGGCUUGAUGGUGCCGCUGCUGAUACAGAAAUGCAUCGUGGAGAUUGAAAAGAGGGGUUGUCAGGUUGUAGGCCUGUAUCGAUUGUGUGGUUCAGCGGCGGUGAAGAAAGAGCUUCGAGAGGCUUUUGAGAAGGACAGCAAGACUGUUGGUCUGUGUGAAAACCAGUACCCAGAUAUAAAUGUAAUAACAGGGGUUCUUAAGGACUACUUGAGAGAACUCCCUUCUCCCCUAAUAACCAAGCAGCUGUAUGAGGCUGUGUUGGAUGCCAUGGCGAAGAGUCCUUUGAAAAUGUCGUCCAGUGGUUGUGAGAACGAGCCCAGUGACUCCAGGCUCACUGUGGACCUCCUGGAUUGCCUGCCGGACGUUGAGAAGGCAACCCUGAAGAUGUUGUUGGAUCAUCUGAAACUGGUGGCCUCCUACCACGAAGUGAAUAAGAUGACCUGCCAGAAUUUGGCUGUGUGCUUUGGACCAGUGUUGCUUAACCAGAGGCAAGAGGCUUCAACCCACAACAACAGAGUCUUCACCGAUUCUGAAGAGCUUGCCAGUGCUUUGGAUUUUAAAAAACACAUCGAGGUUCUUCAUUACUUGCUCCAGCUCUGGCCAGUGCAACGCUUAACUGUCAAAGAACCCAGAGACAGUUUGUGCCUGGAGCAGUCGUCUUCUCUGAAUUACUUGAGGCGAAAGAAAGAGCGGCCGUGUGUGUUAAACCUGAGCGGUCCGGAUUCAUCAGGGGUGCUGAGGACAAGGCAGGCCCGAUUAGACAGUCCACUCAGCAACCGCUAUGCAGGAGACUGGAGCAGCUGUGGGGAGAGCUACUCUUUAAAUACAAGAGGAAAUGUCAAGAAUUUGGACUAUGAUGACGGCCCCUUAGAAGGUGGAGAAAGUAGACAGUAUAGCAAAACAGCCGGAGCGGAAGUCAUGACCGCACAACGAAUCCCCAUGUCAGGGGGGUGCACGUUUCAGACGUACUUGACGGUACAGACCAUUGAAUCCACGGUGGAUCAGAAAGCUAACCUCAGAGAUUUGCAAGAGAGCAUUGAUACUUUGAUUGGCAAUCUGGAACGUGAGCUCAACAAAAACAAGCUGAACAUGAGUGUUUGAGAUGGACGGCUUGUUUUAUUUGUGAUGAUGUCAUCAAGUUUCAUGUCAAUCCUUUUUCUGGGGAAAAAAUAUAUAUAACAUAUUAUAUAUAUAUAUAUAUAUUGGAUCCUUAAGUUAAUUCUUAAUAAGUUCAUGUCAUUCAAUUAUAAACACUAUUCAUUAAUAUGGUUAUUUUACUUGUGAACUGAGCUGUUCUGGGCAUAAAGGUAACCAGACCUUGGGGGAUAGUUUAAUAAACCUUGCCAGUUGUAUGGAGGAGACAUGCAGAUGUUUGUAAGGGUCGGGUACAUUAUUAUCCCGACAAGGCUUCGGCGAGAAUGUUCUUCUGUACGUGGAGACGGAUGUUCUCUGCAGAGGACACUGCAGCUGGACUGAUUUGCAGUCAGAGUCCCUGUGCAAUGUCAUUUGGUCAUAUUUCAUUUGCAAUAUGAAUGCUGCUGCUAUAAGAAAAAUUUUUAUAAAUGUAAAAUUAUACAGGUAUUAAUGUAUUUUGUAUUAACAUUUCGUAAUUAUUUAAGCUUAUAAAAUUAAAUAUUUUUAUGGUUCUGAGAAUAUAUAUUUAUAACUUAAUUAUGCAUAUAGGUUUUAGAAUGAGGGAAGGGGUUGGUUACAGCAUUCCAAAUAUUUUAAAAAUAAGGCCAAAGUUAUUAGCUUAAAAAUGUCUUUUUCAGGGAAAGAAUGUUUAAGUUAAAAGACAAGUUACAUAAGACCACUUGAAUAAAAACGCACCAGAACUAUUUGAGUAGAAGCAAUUGCCUUUCUGUUUUUGCUUUGUAGACACAGUCUCCCCUGUGGAAAGUUGUAUUUUAUGUUGAAGUCUUUCAGCUUCAUAAGGGAUCAAGUGACCAGAUGCCUGCACUAGUGACUUAAAAUGACUCUACCUGCUCUGUGCAUCUCUGUCUCCUGUGAUGCUCUAAGUAUUUAUUUAUAGAGGUAUCCUUAACAUGCUGACUUCAGUAACUGCCCUUGUUUCUAAGGAAGUCAUCUUGCCAGAAUGCUACAGGUUACAAAUUUUUUAAAUGUAUUAAAAAAAACUUUUAUACUUACAGAAUGUGUAAUUUUAGAAGUAUAAAUGAAUAUGAAUUGCCAAGUAUAAAGUGUGACAGCCA